AUGGGAUUAGAGAACGUAUUUAAUUCCAUCACUUCCCCAUAUGGAACAUUGAGCCCACUAACUCAUACAUAUUCUCUAGACCUUUCGUUAUUUCACACAAAAGCUGCACCGGUCACUCUCAUUCUUCUUCAGACCUACAAGAAGAUGUUUAUCCUUGCUAGCCAAAUAUCCCCAAUGAACACCAGGCAGGCUCUUAGGCUACGAGUGGUGAGAGCAUAUCAGAUUCCUGAGAGAAAUGAUCACACGAAGAUUAGAUCAAAAGAAAUAGUUUUUCAUGAUGAAGAGGGUUCCUUCCUUCAUGCUCAUGUACCCAAAGAAUAUGUAGAAAAGUACCUAAGCUAUUUCUCUGAGGGUUCAGUUUACGCUAUAAAGAAUUUUUGUGUUAUCACCAAUUUUUAUUCAUACAAGACCAGUCCACAGAAGUACAUGAUAAAAUUCAAUUAUCAGACUAUGGUCAAGGAUUUAAAGAAUGCAAAAUUUCCGAUGAAAAUGUAUCGUCUGAAGUCAUUUAGAGAGAUCAAAUCUAAUGAAGGCCUUGAUGAGAAACAACUCUUUGAUGUGAUUGGUCGAGUGAUUGAGAUUCACUGCCCACAGGAGAAACUGAUUAAUGGGAAGAACUCCAGGCUGAUUGACUUCACCAUUGAAGACACUGAUGGUAUACAAUUGAUGUGUACUUUGUGGGACGAACACGUAAGCAAGAUCGAGGCAUUCUACAAUUCUACCACACGAGAGGCAUUAUUGGUGUUGAUCCAAUUUUGUAGGGCUAGGGUGUGUUUAAAAAGUGGGGAUGUUAAACUUUGUAGCUCCUAUGAUGUAACACAACUGCUGUUCAACCAGGAAUCUCCACCAUUUGAGGAGUUCAGAAAAAGUAUCAGCCAUGAACAGACUCCAAUGCGAAGUAUUAUUUCGCAAUCAAGUUUUAAGGAAUGUAGCUCCUAUUCAGUUUCCCUAUCUGGUGAUAUUGAGGUCCGUACUAUCAGUGAAAUAUACAGAGACAAGGAGUUUGGUGAUUUUUGGGUGGCAGUAAGGAUUGUGUUCAUUGAUGAUCCUGAGUGGUACUAUGCUUCGUGUAGAACAAAGGGUUGCAACAAAAAGCUGAAAAUGAAAGGAAAGUGGCUGUGGUGUAGUACCUGUGACAGGAAUUGGGGCGAUGGAACCUUGAGGUACAUGGUUAAAGUUAGGGUGGUGGACUUGGAUGAGAAUGCUCCUUUCCUCCUAUGGGACAGGGAGUGCCUUGAUCUACUUGGUGUUAGCGCAUAUGAUUUGAAUUCUACCCAUACUAAGGGCCGAAAGGGGAUACCUAAGGAGCUUGAGACUCUGAUUGGAUUGAAUCUGCUCUUUCAAAUUGCUGUUCGCAAAGAACAAUUCCAAAACUACCUCAAUGCUUUCCCUGUUAUGAGGAUCAUCACUGAUGAAAAGAUCAUAGAAAAGCAUGCACCAGAGCUAAUUGGAGUUAGGGACAGGGAUCUAAGUUCAAAGUUGGAGUUGGAGCUUACAGAUGAGGAUCUAUGGGAUCUAGAGGAAAAUGACCAAGCAAAUGAAGCUGAAAGUCCUCUACAAGUUGUUGCACAGAGGCUGAAUGCAGAGAACACCUUAGAGAAUGGAACAGUCAAGAGAUCCCUCAUUGAUGAAUUUUCAAGCACACAAAGUUCUAAAAAAAGCAAGGAAGCUGUGGUCAAAAUUGAGAAAUAA